AUGGACCAGCUGGACCUGCUGGGGUUCCUCGUCAUCACCCUAAACUGCAACGUGACCAUGGUGGGGAAGAUCUGGCUUAUCUUCAUGGUGCUGCUGAGGAUGGGGGUGCUCAUCCUGGCCGGGUCGCCGGUCUACCAGGAUGAGCAGGAGAGGUUCGUGUGCAAUACGCUGCAGCCCGGAUGCGCCAACGUUUGCUACGACAUCUUCGCCCCCGUGUCCCACCUGCGGUUCUGGCUGAUCCAGAGCGUGUCUGUUCUGCUUCCAUCCGCCGUCUUCAGUGUCUACGUGCUGCACAAAGGAGCCGAGCUGGCGGCACGUGGAUCCCGCUGGCUGGAUGAUGACUCAGAGGACCACGACGGCCCUGAACUGACCCCGGGGGCCAGGCGCUGCCUGACGGUGCCGGACUUCUCCUCGGGCUACGUGGUCCACCUCUGCCUCCGGACCCUGACGGAGGCAGCUUUCGGAGCCCUGCAUUACCUCCUCUUUGGAUUCUUGGUCCCCAAGAGAUUCUCGUGCACGCACCCUCCUUGCACCAGCGUGGUGGACUGUUACGUCUCUCGGCCCACGGAGAAGUCCAUCCUGAUGCUUUUCGUCUGGGCGGUCUGCGCACUGUCCUUGUUACUCAGUGUCGCCGACCUGGUCUGCAGCGUGCGCUGGGAGACGCGCAGGCGACACGGCGGGGCCCGGAGGAGGCCGUGUCAAGGGGCGGGGAGUGCGGCGCGGGAGGGACCCGGGGCGCCCGAGGGACGUGGGGCGCGCGCUCGCCGGGGCCUGCGGACUGGGGGGCAGGGCGCGUACAGCCCCGCAGCGGAGCCCACCGAGCCAGGGCACCCGGAGCUGCCAGGGGAGGACGAGAGCGACGCGCUGUCCUCAGCCAGCGACCAGCCGCGCGGGGCCGGGCCGGGAGCGGCGGCCCCGGGGUGGGAGGAGCGCUCCCGCGGGCCAAGCGCCGCGCUCCCGGGCCCCAGCAAGUCCGAGUGGGUGUGA